CAAAAUUGACACCUACCCAUUUGAGUCUUGUCUACUGCUACACUCUCUUCUUCCUUUGCUUUCUACAUGUACUCAUCUAUUUGUAUCUAUACACCCCAGAUUUGAUUCUCUCUCUCUCUCUCUAAUCCCCCCUUUUUCUUGUUUCUUGAUGCGCCUUCUUUUGUCCACCACUAUUCGAUCUGCAAUCUCCAACACAAACCCAUCUCGAACUUUCAAAUUUUUAACCGUUUCAUCAAUGGCGACAACUCCAAAGCCCAACGAAGAAGGCACAGCUAAGCGUUUCUGGGAUAAAUUCAGUAAAGAAUCGAUAUUGACGCUGUAUACGCCGUUUGUUGUGUCUUUGGCUUCUGGGAAUCUUAAACUGGAUGUGUUUGGGCAUUAUGUUGCUCAGGAUGUUCAUUUUUAUAAAUGUUUUGCUCAAGCGUAUGAGUUAGCUGAGGAUUGUGCAGAUGAUGAUGAUGCUAAAGUUUCGAUUGUUGAGUUGAGGAAGAGGGUUCUUCAAGAGCUUAAGAAUCAUGAAUCUUUUGUACAAGAGUGGAAUCUUGACUUGUCAAAAGAAACAACACCAAACCCCGCAACCUUAAAGUACACAAAUUUCUUGUUAGCGACCGCCUCAGGGAAAGUUGAAGGAAUGAAAAGUCCCGGAGAACUGGCCACUCCUUUUGAAAAAACAAAGGUUGCAGCGUAUACGCUUGGUGCAAUGGCUCCGUCUAUGAGGCUUUAUGUUUUUCUUGGUAAGGAGCUUAAAUCGCUUGUGGAUGUUAAUGGUGAUGAACACCCGUACAAGAAAUGGAUCGACAAGUACUCCUCUGAAGCUUAUCAGGCAACAAUGCUGGAGACUGAAGACUUGCUGGACAAGUUAAGUGUAUCUUUGACGGGUGAAGAGCUUGAUACUAUGCAAAAACUGUAUCACCAAGCAUUGAAACUGGAGAUGGAAUUCUUUUCAGCCCAGCCCGUUGACCAGCAGACCGUUCUUCCAUUAUCAAAACACCAUAUUCCUACUGAACAUGGUCUCAUGCUUUUUUCUGAUUUCGACUUGACAUGCACAGUGGUGGAUUCUUCUGCCAUUUUGGCUGAGAUUGCAAUCGUUACCGCACCGAAAUCGGAUCAAACUCUGCCUGAAAGUGAAAGUGAAAGUCAACUUGCUAGGAUGACCUCCGCUGACUUGAGAAACACGUGGGAGGUACUCUCUCGAGAGUACACGGAAGAGUAUGAACAGUGCACCGAAAGUAUGUUGGCCAAUGAGAAAGUUGAGGUUUUCAAUUAUGAGGGACUGAAGACAGCACUUGAACAACUAUCGGGAUUUGAGAAAAGGGCAAACAUGAGAGUGAUUGAAUCAAAUGUACUCAAGGGUUUGAAUCUUGAAGAUAUUAAGCGUGCCGGUGAACGUCUUAUUCUCCAUGAUGGCUGCAUGCAUUUCUUUCAUACCAUCACCAACAACCAAAGUUUAAACGUUAAUGUCCAUGUCUUGUCGUAUUGCUGGUGUGCUGAUCUUAUUCGGUCAACUUUCUCGUCAGGGGGCUUACCGACAAUGCAAGUACAUGCGAACGAGUUCAAGUACGAAAACUCUCUAUCCACUGGCGAAAUCAUCAAAAAGGUCGAGUCACCCAUUGACAAGCUUCAAGCUUUUACCGACAUUCUGAAAAACAGCGACAAAGCCAAUCUGACAAUUUACAUUGGGGACUCGGUUGGUGACUUGCUUUGCCUUCUCGAAGCUGAUAUAGGCAUAGUUAUUGGCUCAAGUUCAAGCCUUAGAAGAAUUGCAAGCCAUUAUGGUGUUUCGUUUGUUCCACUGUUACCCGCUUUAGUGAAGAAACAAAGAGAGUACGUCGAAGGAGGCGUUUUUAGUUGGAAGGGGCUAUCGGGGGUGCUAUAUACAGUUUCUAGUUGGGCUGAAGUACAUUCUUUCAUCGUCGGUUCUUGAAAUGAAAGCGUCUUAUGUGUAGUUGUAGCAUAGAAUGAAGAUACAACUUCUGAUGGCUGAUUUUAUUGUGGGCCAUACAUUAUCAUAAAUCUUGCGUAUUUUCGUCUCGCAACAGGAUUUUCUGCUUACAUACAAGUAGCAUCAAGUGGGUAUGAAUGUUUUCGCGAUGUUGCCGACUUUUUGUUGAGGACUUUUGACUUGGUUGUUGCAGGCAGAGAGUUUGUGUUGUGGAGAUGAAUGGCUGGGAGGAUCUAUUGUCAUAAUUCAAAGUUUUGAGUUUGUUUCCACUUGAUAAUAUUCAGAUUUUGAUUCAAUUUUUUGGUUGGUAAAUAUGUGAUGAAACCACCUAUUGAUAUGGUAAUGCUGGAAAAGUUCUCAUUAACAUUA